AUGUUAAGUGAAGAAGAUAGCUUGCGACCAUAUCCAAUUGAUGCCAAACAGGAUGAAGUUGUACGUAAAAUUCUACGUGUGAAAGCAUAUGGGCCUAUAUCAAGAGUAAUAUUAUUCUUUUCCAAUAUAUCUCAACGUAUAACAUUUUGCUUGAACGAUUACGUCAAAGAAAGAACGAGGAACCGACCAAUCGAAAGAAAAGAUGCAAAUGAAAUAAUUACUCCAUGCGUUUGUAAAUCUACUGACGCAAUGGAUUCAAAAUAUUUUUAUGCAGUUCGCGAAGGUAGAAUAUGGUUUAAACCGAUAGCUGCUCAUGAGAAUGCUCGUUGGAAUUUAUUGGCUAAUAAUGGAUAUACGAAUAAGAAAAAAACGCCGUUAAUAUCUGUAAGUGCAGAUGGUGAUAAUAUUAUCGCGGUUGAUCAAAAUCAAACUAUUCAUUAUGGGAAAACCAACAAAGUUAUUUGUCAAGUUUCUUUUAUACGUCCACAAUGGAGAAUACUUCGAUCAACUGUGAAUUGGAGAGAAAAUUGGUUUGGAAUGGAAGGUGUUUCUUUACUUGUGAAUCUCUUUAAAAAUCCAAUUUUACGGUCGAUUCCAAAUGCGAGAAGUAUUGCGAUAUCUCAUAAAGGCCCUGAUACAAUGUAUUACACUGAUAUGAAUGGAAAAAAACAUCCCGAUCCGUAUGUCGGUGUAACAUCAAUCUAUAUGCUCAAUGAUGAUGGUACACGAAUCUUUUUUGCAGAUCCAUGGUUACACAAUAAAUUCGAAAAUGAAUUAACUGGACCAGAAGAUGGUCGAUUUAAAGCUGAAACAUUAGCAGCAAGUGCCUCAACUAUAAUGGUUAUACAACGAGCACGCAAUGAAUUCGGCCAAGAAAUUAAUAAAGUAUAUACACGUUUUGCUGAUUUUGAUAGUAUUGGCUCAAAUCCAGCAUUAAAAGCAACAUAUAAUAGAAAAAAUCGACUAGCAAUGAUACGUUAUAUACCAUCAGAAGAUUGGAUUCAGCAACCAAGUAUCACUCUUUCUGGAAAGGCUCGUUUAACAAAAAAUAUAGCGUUACUUCAAAUUGGAUGGGGACAAAAUAAUCGACAAUUACGUGUUCAAGGUCAAGAUACAGAUGGUCGAAAUGGUUAUUAUCAUAAAAAUAUUUAUGAUGCCAUAUGGACAUUUGAAGCCACCGAUAAUAUCUUGAUUGAAGAAGAAGAAUUUUUAUCUGAUUCUAUUCCUUAUUCAGGAUUUGAGCAAGGCCCUAAAAUAACUGAAGACUACAAAAAUGGCAUAUUAAGACCUCAUAAUAUUAAAAAUUUACUAGAUAUUACGUUAGAAAAUUUUUCGAGAAGGGGCCUUAAUGAGAGAGGUUUACAUACAAAAUUAGUGCUUACCUUGGAAAAUGAUGUUAGAUUAUCGUUGCCACUCUAUGCAAGACGAGGAUGGAAAAGUUUAAUAGGUAUUUCAGGUGAAAAUAUUUGGAAACUAAUAAUUCCCGACGAGUAUUACAACGACGAUAAUGUUCUAAUCCGAGAAGUUUUACAAAGAAUCUUCAGAAACAAACGAAGAUGUCCAGUGAAUGUUUAUGAAAGAGCCGAAGAAAUUCGAAUUGCAAAUGUGUUCGGUAACUGUCAUAAAUUCGAAUUCAUCUUUAGAAAUAAACAAAUUUAG